UAUUAAUAUUAUAAAAUAUGAAGAUUAAAAAAGAGAAAGGGAAAGAUGAGGAGGCUUCUGGAAGGCAGGAUAGGGAAUGGGGAAAAUCGUCCGAUAAGGUGCCAAGAAGUGGGAAAAAUUGAAGGGGGAGGAAAAAGUAGGAAAGCUCAACGGCACAGGGAAUCCUCUGCCUCGUCAAGGUGAUUGAGUUGGAUCAUUUUCUCGGAGAUUUCGAGGAAGGUGCAAGUCAAGUCAACUAGUGUAAUUGCUGAAUUGAUAAAUGAUUUUCGCGGAAGGUGCUUGAGUUGGAUCAUUUUCUUGGAGAUUUCGAGGAAGGUGCAAGUCAAGUCAACUAGUGUAAUUGCUGAACUGAAAAAUGAUUUAGUCUCUGCGGCAACUGCUCUCUCCUCCCUUUGCUUUCUCCCCAAUUUCUACCUCUGUCUAUGCUUAGUGCAGAGAGAGAGAAAUGGCGAGAGACACGGAGACAGAGAGAGAGACACGGAGAGAGAGAGAGAGAGACGGAGAGAGAGAGACAGCGACAACGAUGGAGUGUUUCAUGACUCUCUUGCACAUGUGCUUCAGCUUGUUUAAGUUUUCUUCUCCGUCUUCUGCUGGUGCCGGUGCUUCUGCUGCCGAUGAUGUUGGUGGUGCUGCUGCCGAUGAUAAUGGUGCUGGUGCUUCUGCUGCCGAUGAUGUUGGUGGUGCUGCUGCCGAUGAUAAUGGUGCUGAUAACCCCCCUCUCCGGGGAAAGUAUGAUGUGUUUAUCAGUUUCAGAGGGGAGGACACCCGCUUUAAUAUUACCAGCCAUCUUCAUGCUGCCUUAGUUCAGAGGAAAAUUGAAACCUACAUAGAUUACAACCUCCAAAGAGGAGAAGAAAUCGGACCUGCCCUUCUAGGGGCAAUCGAGAAAUCCACUCUUUCGGUGAUCAUUUUCUCACAAAACUAUGCUUCUUCCACGUGGUGUUUGGAGGAACUUGUGCAUAUACUCAAAUGCAAGAAAAAUUCUGGCCAGAUAGUUAUACCCAUAUUCUAUGACAUCAAUCCAUCUGAUAUACGACAACAGCGCGGGAGUUAUGCGCGUGCAUUUGCUCAACUUAAAAAACGUUUCUACGACAGUAUCGACAAGGUGCAGAAGUGGAGGGAUGCUUUGACCACUGCAGCCAAUCUGGCUGGGUUUGAUUAUUCAGAAAAAUCAAGGACGGAGGCGGAGGCAGAUCUAAUUAAGAAAGUUGUUGAUGACAUUUGGACCAGAUUGAAAUGUGAAUCAUCAUGCAAUUUAGAGGGUUUGGUUGGAAUUGAAAGCCGCAUCGAGCAAAUUGAAUCGCUAUUAGACAUUCAUUUACAGGACGCUUGUAUCACUGUAGGUAUUUGGGGCAUGGGUGGUAUUGGCAAGACCACCCUUGCUGAAACUGUAUUUCACAGACUCUCUUCUAAAUUUGAAGCCCGUUGUUUUCUGAGAAAUGUUAGGGAGAACUUAGAACAACCAAAUGGACUAGAUCACUUGGAAAAAACACUUCUUAAAGAGAUAUUAAAGGAAGAAGGUCUGUCCAUAGGAUUAACUUUUGUUCGAGAAAGGCUCAUUCGUACAAAGGUCCUCAUUGUUCUUGAUGAUGUGAGUGAUUCGAUGCAAAUGGGACGUUUAGCUGCCAAUCGUCUUCAGUUUGGCACCGGAAGUAGAAUAAUUAUCACAAGUAGAGAUAGGAGAACAUUUAGGCAAACUGUUGAAGAGGAUAAGAUCUACGAGGUUGAGGGAUUAAAACCGGAUGACGCUCUCCAUCUCUUUCGUUCACAUGCUUUCAAGAAUAACAAUACUCCUACAAUAGAUUUUAAGGAGUUGCCAGAAAAGGUGGUGGAUUAUGCUGGAGGCAUUCCAUUAGCUAUUAUAACUCUCGGGUCCUUGUUUGUAAAUUGCAAGAGCAAAGCAGAAUGGGAAGAUGAAUUGAACAAGUUGAAACAAUUUCCCGAUGAAAAUAUCCAGAGAGUGUUGAGACUAAGUUAUGACAGAUUGGGAAAAAAUGAUAAGGAGAUAUUUUUAGAUGUAGCUUGUUUUCACAAAGGGAAGCAUGUGGAGUAUGUAAAAAAAAUGUUAAACAUUCGUGGAUUCUGUGCGGCGGCUGGAAUUAGAGCUCUCAUUGACGCUUCUCUCAUAUCAAUUGAUUCAACAUGGGUAGAGAUGCAUGAUUUGAUUCAAGAUAUGGGACGCACAAUUGUUUACGAACAAUGUAAGGAUCCCUGUAAACGUAAUAGGUUGUUCAACGAUGAGGAUGUCUAUCAUGUACUGGAAAGUAAUAGGGGAACUCGACAUGUUCAAGCCAUAUUGAUUAAAUGUUGGCAGACUGAAAAGCGACCUUUGAAACGUGCAGACUUCAAAGUGAUGUUUAACCUAGAAAUGCUAAUUGUUUAUUCUGAACCGCUUGGAAACUACAGCACAUUAACCACUUCUCUGGAUCUUCCCAAUUCUCUUCGUUAUCUUUACUGGUACAGAUAUCCUUGGGAAUCUUUACCGUCAAAUUUUACUCCUGAAAAUCUAGUUGAGCUCCAUAUGCCCUAUAGCCGAGUUAACCAGGUUUGGAAAGAAGACAAGAGACUUGUGAACUUAGAAGUGAUCAAUCUGCAGUACUCUAGAAAUCUAACUGAAGUUCCAAAUCUCUUUGGGAGUCCAAAAAUUGGGCACAUAAAUCUUCAUGGCUGUGAAAGUUUGGUUGAAAUUCCUUCGUAUUUUCAACAUCUUGACAAGCUUACUUAUCUUGAUCUUGGACGCUGCACGAGUUGUCCCAUCAGUCUUCCCAAUUCUCUUCGUUAUCUUCACUGGGAUCAAUAUCCUUUGAAAUCUUUGCCGUCAAAAUUUUCUCCUGAAAAUCUAGUUGAGCUUCAUAUGCCCAAUAGCCGAGUUAAGCAUCUUUGGAAAGAGGACAAGAGACUUGUGAACUUAAAAGUGAUAAAUCUGCAGUGCUCUAGCAAUCUAAUUGAAGUUCCAAAUCUCUCUCGGAGCAAAAAAAUUGGGCACAUAAAUCUUCAUGGCUGUAAAAGUUUGGUUGAAAUUCCUUCGUAUUUUCAACAUCUUGACAAGCUUACUUAUCUUGAUCUUGGAAGUUGCACGAGUCUCAUCAGUCUUACCAAUAUUUGCAAGUUGAAAUCUCUCAAGUUCCUUAAUCUGUCUUGGUGCUCUAAACUUGAAUCCUUCCCAGAGAUUGCGGUCCCAAUAAAACAUUUGGAGUCUCCAAUUUUAAAUAAAACAGCUAUUCAAGAGCUACACUCAUCAAUCAAGUUUCUCCCUGCGCUCGAAAGAAUUGACUUAAGAGGCUGCAGAAGGCUUUUAAGUAUCCCAAAGAGCAUUUGUGAGUUGAAAUCUCUUGUGAGUCUUGAUCUCAAAUGGUGCUCGAUGUUUUACAGAUUCCCUCAAAUCUUGGAGCCAAUGGAACAUCUGCAAUCUCUUAAUUUGGAAACGACAGCGGUCGAAAAGCUUCCUUCAUCUAUUGGAAAUCUAAUUGGGCUUCACACAUUAGAUCUUGGUAUGUGCAAGAACCUUAAGGUUGUCUCAAGAAGUAUCUACAAGUUGACCAAUCUUAAAAAUCUCAGCUUUUAUGCCUGUCGGAAACUAAAAAAAUUGCCUUCCAACUCUGUCGGUUUGCCCUCUUUGGAACUUCUAAAUCUCAGUCGCAGCGGUCUUUUAGGAAUCCCCGAUGGCCUAGUUUGCACAACCUCCUUGUAUAGUUUAGAUUUGAGUAGAAGCAUGAUUAGGAACUUACCUGCGAGCAUCAAACAAGCUUCGCCGUUGUCUACACUCCGCUUAAUUGGCUGCAAGUGGCUUCAAUCUUUACCAGAGCUCCCAUUAGUAGAUUCACUUAAAGCACAUGGCGGCACAUCACUGAAGACAGUGUCAAGUUCAAGGACCACACACUACACACAAGGUGGGGAUAAAUAUCAAUAUUUUGGAGGAGGACUUGAUUUUUCUAAUUGCCGAAAUUUGGAUGAUAAUGCAAGGAGCAACAUAAUGGAUUAUGCACAGCUUAGAAUUAUGCAAGUGCUAAUUGCAUCGUCAAAGUUAAGAGAAGAAGAAGAAGAAGAAGAAAAUGAUGAUGAAGAGCACUACGACGACCAUGAGUAUUACAGUUAUUGGCGGCCUUCGGUUAGCGUUGUAUGUCCGGGAAAAGAAAUUCCAGGUUGGUUCAGCUAUCAAAAUGAGGAAUCUUCUGUAAAAAUCAAGCUUCGUCAAGAUUGGUUUCGAACUGGUUUAUUGGGUUUUGCGCUCGCUGUUGUUGUUUCUUGGAAGUUGAACUGCCAGCUGAACCGGAUGGUAAUAAGAGCUCGUUUCAAUGCCAAAUUCAUGGGUGAAAGCCAUGAAAUGUUCACUAGUCAAUUCCAUAUCAGCCUAGUUGAUUGGAAAUUGAAUGACUACCGUUAUGACCAACAUCACGUGUACCUGUGGGAUAUGACCUUUAUAAGUGAAGAGGUAGCAAAAAAAUGCUACCCUGACGUUUGCAAACAUGCCAAUGAAGCCUCUGUUGAAUUCUGCCUUGUGGUUGGGGAUUCCAGCGAACCAACUUCCUACAUGAAGGUGGAAAAGUGUGGGAUAUGUCCAUUGUAUGCCGAAGAUGCUGAGAGAUUCAAAUUUGAUCAUGUCAUCAUAAGAGGUGUCCCAGAGGCAAAACGAGUCAUCGUGUCGGGGGAACCAGAAGAAGAAGAAGAAAUACGCCAUGAUGAUUUUGAAGCCAGUGAUCCCAAAGACAGUGGAUCAAGUGAUGAGUCUGAAGAAGAAGCCAGUGGAAGUGGAAUUGAUAACAGUGCGGACUUGUUAGUUCAUCAAUCUUACAGGGAAACUAGUCUUAUGGACCUGAAGCCAAUGCGUGUUAAAAGUUUGAAGCCAAUGCUUUUUAAGAGUUUGAAGUCAACAUGGAAUGAGGUACAUAGGCCCUAUUACUAUUGUCCAAGACAUUCAGUUGAAUAUGAAGGUGAAGAAGAAGAAGAAAGAAGAGCUAGGGAAUUUCACGAGGGAAAUUUCACUUGGAAGUGGAUCAAGUGAUGAGUCUGAAGAAGAAGCCAAUGGAAGUGGAAUUGACAACAGUGGGGACCUGUUAAGAAGAAGAAGAAGAAAGACGGUGAAUCAAGUGAUGAGUCUGAAGAAGAAGCUAGUGGAAGUUGAAGAUCAAGUGAUAAGUUUGAAGAAGAAGCUUGUGGAAGUGGAAUUGACAACAGUGCGGACCUGUUCAGAAGAAGAAGAAGAAAGAUGGUGGAUCAAGUGAUGAGUCUGAAGAAAAAGCCAGUGGAAACCUGUUAAGAAGAAGAAGAAGAAGCCAGUGAAAGUGGAAUUGACAACAGUGCGGACCUAUUAGUCCAUUGUUGAGAGCAUAAAGUUAUAUUUUUACACCCUCUUUUGCGUAGGUUUUUGACUUAAAAUCUCUAUGCAUCACAAUGUAUUUUGUUAUUUGUAUUGUAUUUCAGGAUAAAAAGUAAGGGCCUGAAGAAAUCAUUUUAUUUUGAA